GGUUCCGACCUCGCGCUCAUGGGAUUGAGGAGACUGAAGAACUCUGAAGACAGGCUGAUGGGCUCAGUUGGUAGGCUCCACUGUCUCACCAUGACCGCUGCCAAAAAUCCCACACCUGGAGACCUAGCUCUGGCCCCCCUCAUCACUUGCAAACUCUGCCUGUGUGAACAGUCUCUGGACAAGAUGACCACGCUCCAGGAAUGCCGGUGCAUCUUUUGCACAGCUUGUCUGAAACAGUACAUGCAGCUGGCAAUCCGAGAAGGAUGUGGGUCUCCCAUCACUUGCCCUGACAUGGUGUGCCUCAACCACGGGACCCUACAGGAAGCUGAGAUUGCCUGUUUGGUAUCUGUGGAUCAGUUUCAGCUUUAUCAGCGGUUAAAAUCUGAACGAGAAGUCCACCUGGACCCCUGCAGAACGUGGUGUCCUGUUGUGGACUGUCAGACAAUAUGCACUGUCGCAUCCAGUGAGCCAGGACAGCCCGUGCUCGUGGAGUGCCCUUCUUGUCACCUGAAGUUCUGCUCGUGCUGCCAGGAUGCUUGGCAUGCAGAGGUCUCCUGCAGAGACAGUCAGCCUAGCGUCCUGCCAACAGAGCACGGGGCCCUCUUCGUGACGGAGGCAGAAGCCCCCAUUAAGCAAUGCCCAGUGUGCCGGGUUUAUAUUGAACGCAAUGAAGGCUGUGCUCAGAUGAUGUGUAAGAACUGCAAGCACACGUUUUGCUGGUACUGCCUCCAGAACCUGGACAAUGACAUUUUCCUCAGACAUUAUGACAAAGGGCCAUGUAGGAAUAAGCUCGGCCACUCAAGAGCCUCAGUGAUGUGGAACCGAACACAGGUGGUCGGGAUUCUUGUGGGGUUGGGCAUUGUUGCCUUGGUGACUUCACCCUUGCUGCUCCUGGCUUCCCCAUGUAUAAUCUGUUGCAUCUGCAAGUCCUGUCGGGGCAAGAAGAAAAAGCAUGACCCAUCCACAACCUAAAGAUCUCCGUUCGUAUCCAUGUGCCACAGAUGUCUGGGUUAUAUGAGACAGCACAGUGAUAAAGCCCCCCUUAGUGAACUCGCCUCCCCCUCCUUGCCAAACUUUGGAAGUGCCUCUGUGUCCGGACUUUGAACUUGUCUGCCCACCUUCAGCAUCCAAAAAGGCCAAGUGCUGGUGUGUGUGUUCCUGUGUAAGGAGAACAGAGUUCAACAGUCCAGGCCAUGUCUAUGGAGCACGUUGGAAAGCUUUGGGGUUGAUGGGGAGGAACUAACACAUCAUCAUGCUAUCGUCUGAAGGAUCCCACUGGGCUGUUCAACUUCCAGCCACAUCCAAGGAGCCUGAAUGAACACUUGGUGUAAUGAAUGUGCUGCCAGUUAUAACAACACACAUGCUAACUGAGAAGCCAUAGUCUAUUGUGUUGAUUUGACCAUCAUGAGAAGCAUGAGGAAAACCUCCUGUAGGAGAGGAAGAAUCAGACUGUUUACGGGGAAAUUCUUAUAAGAAUUGUAAUUCUUGUAAGAAUUAUAAGAGAGCUGCUUAUCUUAGGAGCUGAUAUGGCGGUUCUGCCUCUGCCGGUUAGGGGGUGUGCUGAUUCCCCAGGAACUUGGCAGAAACAAUAGGUUUCUCCUGUGUGGUCUCAGUGUCCAGCAGGAGAAACUGCUUUGCAGAGGGAGUUGUCCCUUCCCAGGAAAAGGGCUGCAGCAGGUAAAAUAAUCUGGUCUAAUGUAGUAUCUCUCCCCUGGGUGAUAAACUUUUCUUACAGCUAGUAGCUGUGGUCUACAGAAUUGUUUUAUAUGAAGUAUGGGUAAAGUGGCAGAGAUUCAAAAUCAUCAUCACAGGUUUCAGGGACCUUUCUUGAGCUCUCUGUUCAUGCACCCAACAGAUUUAGAAUUGGACCUGCAAGUACACACCGAGAGUGAAUAUUAAAGUCCAUAGGUACAUCUAGAAUCUGUAUAACUUGCUGCCUACCUAGAGUUUCUAUUCAUUGGGCAUGAAUGGAUUUACCCAAUAGUACACACAAAAUAAAUGUUACUUAAAAGCCA